UAUGAUUGAUUUCGGAUUAUAGAGACAAACAAAAAACUUGAUUAGCUAAAAUUUGUCAUAAUGCUAUUAACCAAGUGAUGGCGCUAGUUUUCUUUAGUGUUUUGUUUUAAUAUUAAAGUUUUGAAAUUGCAGUACUAGACUUUGUUUGUUUUAUAACGUCUAUAGUCGACCGUAUUUCUGAUAGUUAACAGUGAACAAACCUAUUGAUAAAGCACUGACUAAAUUCUAGCAAUAUGGAAUAUCACGUGAAGAAAUUAGAACUAGAAUUUAAUAAUCUAUCUAUAAAUAAUAUUAGUGAUAGAGAAAUUGAAGGACAAUUUUUGUUCUCAGAUGAAGACUUACAAAUUUUGGUAAGAAAUAUUGAAUAUUUUAAAGAAGAUUCUUUAUCAUCAUGGACUCGUUCCCAAAUUAUAGACUGGAAAAAGGUAGCCUUUAAUGAAUAUACAGCAGAGCAAUGCAUGGCGGCUUGGGAAUCCUUAAUAAAAAAGCAGAGGCAUUGUAGAAUUAUAAGUGAAAUAGAUCCUGAUAUUAAAGAACAGACAAUGGAGCCAAUUUCUGUAUCCAGCAAGUUUGUUCAUAAAAAUGGGAAUAAGAGAAAUCUAGCGAAGCUAGUCAAUUCAUUUGUUUCUAGAGAUAAGAAACAAAUAUAUAAAUCUACGUUAAGAGUUCCUAAUGCCAAACAUAGUAGCUGCAAAAAAUCAUUAACAUUUUGUAAAAGGGAAAUGAAGUUUAAGAAUAAAACCAAAAAUCUCUGCAAUAAGCCUAAAUAUACUAUAACACAAAGACUUUUGGAAUAUUUACAAGAAGUAAAAAGUCUCUAUAAUAUGCAUGGAAUUGACGUGCUUGGAGAACACUAAUCAAGAAUGAAUCUGAGAAUUAUAACAAAGCUUAGCUGGAG